GUCCAUAGCAACAGUUGGAGCUAACAGGCGGAAUAAUGGCAGAUGUUAUCUGUUCCAAAAAAUCACUUUGGCAACAAGUUUGUGAAGAGUUUGAAGCGGAGCAUCCCAGUCCUCCCAGUGCUUUGUGGACAGAAAGCAGUUCAGGGACAAACCUCUCCCAGUACAGCGCCAGUAAACCCUCCCCGGUCUUCUGUGGACUCCCCGCAGCCAAGGUGUGUGUGGACGAUGACCCUCUCAGAGACUUUGACUCUCUGCUUUGCCACCCUGCUCUUCCUGGCUACUCUGUGUUAGGAAAACCUUGUCUUUCAAAAAUGAAGCGUCCCCCUGCAGCUGAAGCUAUGAUGCCUCCACAACUACAUAAAAGUCCUGUCUCUCAUUUUUUGGAGCAGAGAGUGUUUCCGGUGUUAUUGCCUGGACUGGAAGCUUUGCUGACAGAAGCACGGAAGCGUGGCUGCCUGGAGAGGGAAAGAACAGCAUUUAACCCGUGUGACUUCCUGACUGAGUGGCUCUACAAUCAAAACCCCCGCAGGCGAGAACAGGUUCCAGUGAACUUCCAUGACAUCCCCUUUGUGAAGGACUGGAUUCAAAAAAAUCCCAGGCCUCCUGUCCCUCUGUUUCUCCUGCUGAGCGAGGAUCAGGCUGCUCUGCUCAUCCAGGCUUUCUGGAGGGGAUACAAGAUUAGGUCACGCCCAGAUGUGCAGGAGCUGCGCCAGUGGCAGAAAGAACUGAGAGAGAACCGUGACAUCGCCAAAACUGUCGCGCAGUUCUGGGCCCAACGAGAGAGCCGAGUUGGCUCUGCAAUGACAAAUCUUCCGGGAAGACCCCAGCCCGGCGACUCAGAUGUGUCCAUCCAGGUGGUUUCCCCCACCCCGCAGAGCACCGUGGUCCACACCCCCACCCCCCAGAUGACCCCUGACGGUAUCGAGUGGCUGACCCCCAGCCUGCGCGGUGCGGAGAAGAUGGCCUCCUCAACAGUGACCGAUUUCCUGGCUGUAUCCAUGCAUGGUGAAAAAUCCCUGACUGCACCUCCCUUUAACUAGAAACAUGAACAACGUGGACUGGUGGCAUUGUUAACUGAAAUGAUUAGCUCCGUGAACAAGGCUUUCCUGGUGAUUAAAAGCUAUAAACCUCUGUUAGGCUGACGUCAAACCGAGCAAAGUGAUCAUUGAAACAAGCCAUUAAAAAACGACUGUAACCAAUUGGACACGCUGUGCAGGGAUUUAUGGUCAGAGGUAGCCUAUGUAUCUAAUUAGUUGAUUGCUUUCAUUGCCUUUUCGAUGGAUCACUUCCACUCACAAGUUGUUUUAACAGAUUAACCACAUGUAGUACGGUUCACAUAUUAGGCUAUUACGGUCGGGAGAGAAGUCUCUCGUAACAGACUUCAUAUUGUGUCACCUCUAGCUGAUAGCUCACUGGAAGAUAAUCACAUUUAUUUCCUUGACUUGUCAUUUCCUUUUUCAUUUGCAAUAAAUAUAACUGCACAAAAGAAGUUAUAGCGUUUCCAUUCAAGCCAGGAAUUGAGGCCAGAGUGAAAGGUGAGUCAGCGUUUAGAGCAGCACUUUUCUAUCCUGUUUAUCAGGAAAGGAAAUGACCCUGUCAGGGAAACAGAGAAUAAAAAAGGAGGGUGGGCGAUUGACAGUUAUCGUACAGUUACUGUUUCACAAGCAAUAAUUGCCCUGUUUUUUUAAUCUCCUGACACACCUCUAACACCUCUCGUUGUAAUUAGUUUAGUUUAUUUGUUUUUCUAGAUGUAGCUAAAGGUUAAACGUUUAGCAUUUCGCCACUGAUGACGCCAUCACCUUUAGCAGACCUUUUUUUUUAUCCCUGGUAGCAUUCAAACGCCAUCUUAAAUGUCACAUAUGAGCCAUGGAAAGUUCAUGAAAUCCGAUUCGAAUAAAGAUUCAGGAUGAAAAAGACUGCGUGUCUCCUUCAUGGCAACUUAAAAGGCAUUUUUUGACACAUCAGGAGGAGACGUUAUAAUCUGAUGAGUGAACAAAGUGCACUCCUGGCAUAUUUCCAUCACGCACCUGAGAGGAUACUUGUGGCUUCCCCUCCAGUGUCUCUGCAGAGCAGCGAGGCGGCGACUUCCUGAUGGACGGAUUUCCUGACCAUCCCAGUCACUGAUGCACACCGCCUCACACCGAGGCAUGAAGAGGGUCAUGUAUCUCCCUCUGCAGGUAUGUGGAUGCCUGGGAGACAGCUGCCUCUGGGUAAAGUGAUAAAACAGUCCAUUUCAUUCUGGGGAUAUCUGAUAGUGCAGCCAGCUCCAAAGAGUCUGGCAGCACUUUGCCCGACUGAAACUGGAUCACACAGCAGCAGGAGGGAUCGGGCACCAGGCUGUCAGAGCCUGGAAACAACUGGCUCCGGGCUGCCAUUUCUGGCUUUAGGUGGAAGCGUAAAAUGAAACGUAAUUACACACAGUGUAUUCCUGAGUGGCCUUAAAUGUAUACACUGAUUAGAGCUGCAAAGAUUAUUCAACUAAUCAGUUGUUGGAUGACAGAAGAAAAUAUGACUGCUUUGACAAUCGAUACCUGCUUUUUCUCUAUUAUUAUAAACUAAAAACAUUAAAUUUGUGCCCCAGGCAGCUAAACAACGAACUAGACCUCACUGUUAAGCCGAGGAGAGCUGCAGAUUCAGGCGAUGAUUCUCUCUCCUCUCACAUUUCAACUGACUCAUAUGAAACA